AUUCACAACCAAACAUUUUUUUUUGUGGGUGGGGGGGUUCAUAAGGAAGGUCAGUGGUGGUCCAGAGUCUGAAUAUGUGCUCUCUACACUUCACAGUAUGAUUGUGAAAUUAAGCUAAAAACAGAGAUUGUUAAAGUUCGGAGCCCAGAAAGUUCAUUAGAAAUCUAGGUGAUGGGGAGGGGAGAGAAUAUGAUAAAGACAUAUUGUAUGAAUUUUUUUUAAAUAAAAAAUCUAAGUGAUGAUUAUUCAUGAUAAAUGAUGUUGAGACUUAAGCAAAUUUCUUUUCUUUUUUGUGUUUUGUUUUGUUAAAUCUAAAGGCAGCCUCCUCUAUAUUGCUUUUAUCUUGGAGAUGAUGCUGUUCCAUGCCGUUACUAAGCAUAUCUUUAAAGAUGGUAGUGAGUAGUGCGGAGUUGCUUCCUAGCCAGACCAUGAAUGGUAGUAGUUGGUAGAAUCAAGUUUCCUUUGGAUGAAUAAAUAGGUCUACCGCGUUGGAGGGGAUUGUACUUCCUGCCUUUCUCACUCAGCAGUUGCAUUUCCUGUCUCCUUAUGCAGCAUGAACUCUGGGUCUGAGAGUUCAGAGAGGGAGGAAAAGAGAACAGGGAUGCAUUUGGACAAGGUAGGCAGCUAGAAGAGAUCAAAGGCAGAAAGAGAGGAGUUCGUUGGUCUUCAUAGUGGGCUCAAUACUAGAGAAAUCUCUCACAUAGGAUUUCUCAGCCCCAACAUGAUUGCCAUUUUCAGUCACAACUGUUUUAGGGGCUGUCCUGUGUAUUGUGUGAUCCUUACUAAGAUGUCAGCAGUACUACCACCGUAACUGUCCAUUUACCUCAACCAAAAAUAACUGGACAUUACCGAUGCCCAUUGGUAGCCCAGAUCACCUCCAGCUGAGAUGCUCUGGUCUAUGGCUAUCCGCAUGCUUUUAGAUCUCGACAUUGUAAUUUUGCAAUGGGAUUUGCCUUGGAUGUGGAUUUAGACUGAAUUCAAGAUAACAUCAUUUCCUAGGUAAGGAUUCUUGGGUUUUACUAAUUUUAGGCCUUGGUAAAAUCAUGUGAAAAGACGUGUUUCUUCAUCUUGUGAUCAAUAUAAAAGAUUGCUCCUAUAGUAUGAUACAAUAUAGCAGUUAGUAUCUAUUACUUAUAUCGAUGUUAUGUGCAUGCAGUAUACUUUCCACACAUUGUUUUGAGAUGUAAUCUUGUUGACUAUAUUUUAUUUAUUUAUUUUUUUGAGACAAGAUCUCACUGUCUAGCCCUGCUUGUCCUAGAACUCUCCCAGUAGACCAGGCUGGCCUAUAACUCACAGAGAACUUCCUGCCUCUGUCUUUCAAGUGCCAAGAUUAAAGGCACACACCCCAUCAUACCUGGCUAUACACAUUUACUUUAAUCACGGCCAAAGUAAGUUUGACUGCUGUGUAAGGUUAUAUACUGGGUGCUAGUUGUGGUGGCACAUACCUACAGUUAUGGUACUUGGGGAGGCUGAGGCAGAAAGAUCGAGUUAGAAAGGGCUUAUCUCCAAGUGUAGAUGUGUCUCUGCAAAGAAUGUUAAUAACAGAGAUGAUAUUCUUGGACAGUCAGGAUCAGAAGGCCCAAGCAUUCAGGAGACCUAGUGAAUGCUGCAUAAGCUCUACCCUGGCCAUCAGGAAGUGAUUCCCCUUCCGGCCCAUCUCACGCCAGCUGGAGUUGCAUGUGGAGGAGUUGCAUGUGGAGGAGGGAAGCCGAUUUUUUCAGUUGAUAUUCACCCUGAUGGGACCAAGUUUGCAACUGGAGGACAAGGGCAGGAUUCUGGGAAGGUUGUGAUCUGGAAUAUGUCUCCAGUCCUCCAGGAGGAUGACGAGAAGGAUGAAAAUAUUCCCAAGAUGCUUUGCCAGAUGGACAAUCACUUAGCAUGUGUGAACUGUGUGCGGUGGUCAAACAGUGGGAUGUAUUUAGCUUCUGGGGGAGAUGACAAACUGAUUAUGGUGUGGAAGCGGGCUACGUACAUUGGGCCCAGCACUGUGUUUGGCUCCAGUGGUAAGCUUGCCAAUGUGGAGCAAUGGCGGUGUGUCUCCAUCCUCCGGAGUCACUCAGGCGAUGUGAUGGAUGUAGCAUGGUCUCCCCACGACGCCUGGCUGGCCUCAUGCAGCGUGGAUAACACUGUCGUCAUUUGGAAUGCUGUGAAGUUCCCAGAAAUUCUUGCAACUCUGAGAGGUCAUUCUGGCUUAGUGAAAGGCUUGACUUGGGACCCCGUUGGUAAAUACAUUGCCUCUCAAGCUGAUGAUCGAAGUUUGAAGGUAUGGAGGACGCUGGACUGGCAGCUAGAGACUAGCAUCACCAAACCUUUUGAUGAGUGUGGAGGAACAACACACGUGCUCCGGCUUAGUUGGUCACCAGAUGGCCAUUACCUGGUAUCUGCUCAUGCCAUGAAUAAUUCUGGCCCUACUGCUCAGAUCAUCGAAAGAGAGGGCUGGAAGACCAACAUGGACUUCGUGGGUCACCGGAAAGCUGUGACCGUUGUGAAAUUCAACCCAAAAAUCUUCAAGAAGAAGCAGAAGAAUGGAAGUUCUGCAAAGCCCAGCUGCCCAUACUGCUGCUGUGCUGUUGGCAGCAAAGACCGCUCACUCUCCGUUUGGCUCACAUGCUUGAAACGGCCUCUGGUUGUCAUCCAUGAGCUAUUUGACAAGUCCAUCAUGGAUAUUUCCUGGACUCUGAAUGGGUUGGGUAUCCUGGUGUGCUCCAUGGACGGCUCUGUGGCGUUCCUUGAUUUCUCUCAGGAUGAACUCGGAGACCCCCUGAGUGAGGAGGAAAAGAGCCGAAUUCACCAGUCCACCUAUGGCAAGAGCCUGGCAAUAAUGACUGAGGCCCAGCUUUCCACAGCUGUUAUUGAGAACCCUGAGAUGCUCAAGUACCAGCGGAGACAGCAACAGCAGCAGCUGGAUCAGAAGAACGCCACUACUAGGGAGACAAGCUCAGCAUCCUCAGUCACGGGUGUGGUCAAUGGGGAAAGUCUAGAAGAUAUCAGAAAGAAUCUUUUGAAGAAACAAGUGGAAACACGGACAGCAGAUGGUCGGAGGAGAAUCACGCCUCUUUGCAUAGCACAGCUGGACACUGGGGACUUCUCCACGGCAUUCUUCAACAGCAUCCCGCUCUCCAGCUCCCUCGCAGGCACCAUGCUCUCCUCUCCUAGUGGUCAGCAGCUACUGCCACUGGACUCCAGUACCCCCUCCUUCGGCGCCUCAAAGCCUUGCACAGAACCAGUGGCAGCCACCAGUGCCAGGCCUACAGGCGAGCCUGUCAGUAAGGACAGUAUGAAUGCUACCUCUACUCCUGCUGCGUUGUCACCCUCCAUGUUAACAACCCCAUCCAAGAUUGAACCCAUGAAAGCGUUUGAUUCCCGGUUCACAGAGCGGUCCAAAGCCACCCCAGGUGCUCCAUCCUUGACCAGUGUGAUUCCAACGGCUGUUGAAAGGUUGAAAGAGCAGAACCUCGUCAAGGAGCUGAGGUCCCGGGAGCUGGAGAGUAGUAGUGACAGCGAUGAGAAGGUCCACCUGGCCAAGCCCUCCUCACUGUCCAAGCGCAAACUUGAGCUUGAGGUGGAGACGGUGGAAAAGAAGAAGAAAGGCCGCCCUAGGAAGGAUUCCCGUCUUUUGCCCAUGUCUCUGUCCGUCCAGUCUCCAGCUGCCCUGUCUGCAGAGAAGGAGGCCAUGUGUCUGUCUGCACCAGCACUUGCAUUGAAGCUGCCAAUUCCAGGCCCGCAGAGAGCAUUCACCCUCCAGGUGAGCUCUGACCCCUCCAUGUACAUUGAGGUGGAGAAUGAAGUGACAUCUGUUGGGGGGAUAAGACUGAGUCGCCUGAAGUGCAACCGUGAAGGGAAGGAGUGGGAGACAGUGCUCAGCAGCCGUGUCCUCACUGCUGCCGGCAGCUGUGAUGUGGUAUGUGUUGCCUGUGAAAAGAGGAUGCUGUCGGUGUUCUCUACCUGUGGUCGCCGUCUCCUUCCCCCCAUCCUCCUUCCAUCUCCAAUUUCUACUUUGCACUGCACGGGCCCCUACGUCAUGGCACUCACCGCUGCAGCCACACUGUCUGUCUGGGAUGUUCACCGACAGGUGGUGGUGGUGAAAGAAGAGUCUCUACACUCCAUCUUGUCAGGAAGUGAUAUGACGGUGUCACAGAUCUUGCUAACACAGCAUGGAAUCCCAGUGAUGAAUUUGUCAGAUGGGAAAGCCUACUGUUUUAAUCCAUCCCUGUCUACAUGGAACCUGGUUUCUGACAAGCAAGAUUCACUGGCCCAGUGUGCAGACUUCAGGAACAGCCUGCCAUCCCAGGAUGCCAUGCUGUGUUCAGGACCAUUAGCCAUAAUUCAAGGCCGUACCUCCAACUCUGGAAGGCAAGCUGCCCGGCUCUUCUCUGUGCCUCACGUGGUGCAGCAGGAGAGCACCCUGGCCUACCUAGAGAGCCAGGUUGCUGCGGCACUCACUCUGCAGUCAAGCCACGAGUAUCGCCACUGGCUUCUCCUCUACGCUCGGUACCUCGUGAAUGAAGGGUUUGAAUACCGCCUCCGGGAAAUAUGCCAGGACUUGCUGGGUCCAGUUCACUGCUCCACAGGAAGUCAGUGGGAGUCAACAGUAGUGGGUCUGCGGAAAAGAGAACUGCUGAAGGAACUGCUGCCAGUCAUCGGGCAGAAUCUUCGCUUCCAGCGCCUCUUUACUGAGUGCCAGGAACAGCUGGACAUCCUGAGAGACAAGUAGCCUGCCCUGGCUUGCCCCAGCUGCUGCAAGGGCAGAGCCACACAGUUGCCACUGGCAGGUGCCCGGGGCUAGCCCCGCCUGCCAUGGUAGGAGUAGGAAGAGAGACCUUGGCAGGUGUGUUGUCCUGCACCAGCACUAGCCCAGUUCUCUGGGUGGACAUGGCCUAUAUCCCAGGCCUCGUAUGACUCCGAAAGGGGGCAGCUUGUUCCUCCAUAGGCCCGGCUGUGGACUUGGGGCUGAAACUGGGGCUCUGCCUUGCUGCCUGGGGCCAGCAGGGAUCUCUUGAGCCUGUCUCCAGCUCGGCCCCAAGGUAGAUGCUGGCUCCUGCCACUGCAGGUGCUGUGCUGCUUCAGCUAUAACGAAUGAGCCAUUUGUGAGAGCGCGAGCCUGGGAUCGUUAGGGAUGACGCAGUCUGCAAGUGGACCCGAAGCCUGUGUAAAAGCAAAGCUCUCUGACACAUGGACUAUUUUUGUACUAGAAUUUGCUAACUUGGAAUAUGGAGUUUCUUUUGGUCGAUCAGGAUAUCCCUAUAAGUUACUUGGACAUUGGUCACUUAUAGGAAAUUUAAACUCUAAUUAUGACAGCUACACUGAAAAAAAUAAUUGUACUGAAAUUAACUUGUCUAUCUUCAUUUGGUUUAAUUUUUAAUGUUUGUAAAAAGAGACACUUUGUGUGGGGGUGGGGUGGGACAGAGGGGAGGGCAAUUUCUUUUCUAAGUGUAAAAUAAAUGAACAUGCAUUGGAUACCAAA